AUGGCUUUCUUAUGCUACUGGGAUGGGCCUAAUUACGUUUAUGCUGCAAAAACUUUAUAUAAAAUUCCUCCAAACAAUCCAUGGACUCGCGCAUUUCGUUAUCCACCAUCAUAUUUUGCAUGUCAUUUACCAGGAUAUCCGCUAUUAAUACGAUUUUUCGCUACCAUAACUUUAAAUUGUUACUGGCUCGGGUAUGUUUUAGCAAUUCUUUUUGGAUCUGUAGGAAUUGCUUUUGUAUUCCGUCGUUUACUUGUUGUUUACAAUUGCGUUGUUGAUCCGGUUUAUUCCUCAUAUUUGCUAUUGAUAAUUCCUAUUAGACUCACUCUCUACAAAUCAGUUGGUGCAAGUGAACCUCUUUACAUGAUGUAUGUUUACUUGGCUUUAAUAUUUUUCAAAACUGAUCAGUUAAUUUUUAUGCUUUUAUCAAUGUGGGGAGCAUGUAUUACAAGAAUAGAAGGACUUUCUAUAGUCGGGACAAUUGGUCUUUCAUACUUACUUCGUUUUGAUAUUCUCAGAGCGAUGUUUACUUCUUUAGGCUUUCUUGCAACUCCUGCUGUUGCAUAUUUCCAUCAAAUAAGGUUCCACUCGUAUAAGGCAUAUAUAAAUUUCAACAUGAAUACAGCCGGAUUGAUAAGAUUUCCUUUGUAUUCACUUAUUAUCCCAUCUCGAUAUGAAAAAUUCUGUAUUCAGAGUCAUAUGUUGUUUGCUGUUAUAACACCAUUACUUGCUGCAACAGUGAUGAUGUAUACAACUUGUGUUCCAAUUGCAAUUUAUUCAACAGUUUAUAUCAUAUAUGUCAUAUCGAUUUUCCAUAUGGAUUUGUUCAGAUAUGCACUUCCAGCAUUCACGGUGGCAUUAAUUAUUGGAUUUGAUCCAAUUUUUUCAAAUCCGAUAUUUAAAGCGAGAAUUAUCUAUUUUAUAGGUUUUCCAAUUGUAAUAUUGCUUUGGUAUUAUUAUGGACAGAUCACAACUAACAAAGCUCCUGAUGAUUUCUUAUUAGAAGUUUUGUAUCCGGAUAAGUAUCGAUUUAAUGAAUCAUUUUAUUAUGGUCAUUUAUUUAAGUAA